AUGGAUUUUGGGAAACUGGGGCUAUUUUUAUUUAGAUUAUUUGUGAUCCUGAUUUUUCAGUUUUCCUUUUUUGAAUAUCAGAUGGGGGAGCAACCCUGUCACCUAAAAAGACAUUACAACCCUAAUUAUAGAAAGGCAGGACAUAUAGUUAUAGAGGCCUUCCUUUCCCUGUUUUGGAAGGGACAACGUAAAAUUAAGAAGAGAGAUUUCAGCUGGUCUCCGGUCUGGUCAAUGGGAAAUCCAGAGUACAUGCUCAAGCAUUACCAACAUUUUCUCACUGUCCAAUUUGCUGUGGAUGAGAUCAACAAGGACCCCCAUCUUCUGCCCAAUGUAACUCUGGGAUACCAGUUACUCAAUAACUUCCAUCAAAGCCACUUGGCUGUGGAGAGUUCUUUGAUAUGGUUGUCUGGGAAGGGUCCAACUAUCCCUAACUAUAGCUGUGACAGGCAGCACAAAUCAAUGGUUGCCAUUGGAGGGAUGUCAUCUACAAUGUCCAUGGCUAUGGCCCCCUUGUUAGAUGUAUAUAAAGUCCCACAGCUCAGCUAUGGCCCAUUUGAUCUUGUCCUGUCUGAUGAGUCUCAGUAUCCAUAUGUCUAUCAGCUGGGCAGCAGGGAAUCGACUCUGCACCUGGCAGCAGUCCAAGUGAUGCUACAUUUUGGCUGGACUUGGAUGGGGCUGAUUAUUUCAGAUGACCUGAGAGGGGCACAAUUCCUCAGGGAUCUGAAUGAGGAGAUGGCCUCGAAUGGUAUGUGUCUGGCUUUUACAGAAAAAGUUCCUGAAAACUUUCUAAAGGAAAAUGAAGACAUUAAUUUCUUGUCUAGGAUCCUUCAGUCCUCAUCCAAUGUGAUAUUCAUCUAUGGAAAUACAGAUGCCAUUAAUGAAAUUUCUCAUUUAUUGAAGUAUUAUGCUUUCUCUGGGAAGAUGUUGGUCACCACCUCAUCCUGGGAUUUUAGUACAGUAGCUAGUGAUUCAAAGAUGACCAAUUUUCAUGGUACAUUAAUAUUUUCUCAAUUCAGGAAGGGGAUUCCUGGUUUCACAGAUUUCCUAAGAAGUGUGCAUCCCCGUGCCAACCCUGAGGACAUUUUCCUAAAGACCUUCUGGGAGGUGGUCUUUGACUGUACACUUUCAGAAAUAAGUCCUGUAGAUAUGGUUCAUCGAGGAUGCCAUGAAAAUUUUUCCUUUGCACAGGUUUCACCUCUUUAUUUGGAUAAAAUCAUAAUGGAAAAGAGUUCUAAUAUCUACAAUGGAGUUUAUUUAUUUGCUCGUGCUCUCCACCACAUGCUUCAGACUGAAGGAAAAGAUGUAUCAGAACUUGCAGCAAACCCACUUCUUUCUUGGAAGCUCCACCAUUUCCUAAAGUGUGUUAAUCCUGUCACUGGAAUCAAAGAUGAGUUAUGUGGGGAUGGACCCUCCAUGACUGCUGAGAAAUAUGAUAUCUUGAAUUUUAGAUCAUUACCUGGCUCUAUUAGGAAACAGGUGAAAGUUGGAGAAGUGAUUCCUCAUGAAAAAGAGUUAAGAAUUUAUGAAGAGGACAUAGAAUGGCCAGAAGAUUUCCCUCAGAUUCCAAGUUCUACAUGCAGUGUUGCCUGUGGCCCUGGUUAUAGGACACAGUCUCUUGAAGGCCAACCUACCUGCUGUUUUGACUGUACCCUAUGCCCUGAUGGGAAGAUUUCCAAUAAAACAAAUGCAGAAGAGUGUAUGCAGUGCCCGGAAGAUCAGUACACAACCAAGGAGAAAGACAGAUGCCUGCCCAAGACAGUGACUUACCUGGCUUAUGAAGAGACUCUGGGAAUGAUUCUGGCCUCUGCAGCUCUCUGCUUCUCCAUUCUCACUACCUUUGUCCUUGGAGUAUUUGUGAUACACAGAGACACCCCCAUAGUAAAAGCCAAUAAUCGCAGUCUGAGCUACAUUCUGCUCACCUCCCUCACACUUUGCUUCCUUUCUUCCUUACUCUUCCUUGGUCGUCCUACAACAGCCAUUUGCCUCUUAAGACAAACCACAUUUGCCAUUGUAUUCACAGUGGCUAUUGCUUCCAUCUUGGCUAAAACCAUCACUGUGGUCCUGGCCUUUAGGGCCACUCAACCAGAGAGCAAGCUCAGGAGGUGGUUGGGAUCAUCAGUAUCUUAUUUUCUAAUUUUCAUUUGCACACUUAUCCAGAUGGGCCUCUGUGGCAUCUGGCUGGGUACAUAUCCCCCAUUCCUUGAGAAGGAUAUACACUCUGAGGCCUCCUUCAUUGUCAUUCAGUGUAAUGAGGGCUCCCUUGUUACCUUCUACUGUGUCCUUGGCUACAUGGGCUUCCUGGCCUUAGUCAGCUACGCAUUAGCUUUCCUGGCAAGAAAUCUACCAGAUACUUUCAAUGAAGCCAAGUACCUGACAUUCAGCAUGCUGGUGUUUUGCAGUGUCUGGAUUGCCUUCUUGCCUGCAUAUCAGAGCACCAAAGGGAAGGCCAUGGUGGCCAUGGAGAUCUUUUCCAUCUUGGUCUCCAGUGCUGGGAUUCUCAUCUGUAUCUUUGCUCCCAAAUGCUACAUAAUCCUUCUGAGGGCAGACAGAAAUACUCUGGAGAUAUUGAAAAAUAAAUCUAAUCCCUGAGGAGCAAUGUGUUCUCAGGCUCUUAGAGAUGUAGCUCCUCCUUUUUAAUUAAUGAUUUAAAAUAAUC